GCCUUCUGGCCGCACGAGCACCCUGUUUUUCGCGUGAGCUCUUGUGUUGUGCUCGCGAGCCCUGCCCCUGUAUCCAGGCAGAUAGUUCGCAACAUGGCGGCGACGAGUAACGAAGAACAGACGUUGUUGCCCGAUAUCAAAGAGGAGACUGAGGGCAUGGAGCGAGAGAUGGAGUCGGAGGAGGAUGAAGAAGAGCGGAUGAGAGUCGAGCACUCCGAGGAAGAUGAAGACGACGAGGACACGUCUGAGGACGAGAGAGAGAACGAAGCGGAGAUCCAGCGCCUGGAGGAGCAGCUGUCAAUCAAUGCGUUUGACUACAACUGCCAUGUAGACUUGAUCAAACUCCUGAGGCAGGAAGGGAAGCUGCACAGACUGCGCAAAGCCAGACAGAAGAUGAGCGAGCUCUUUCCUCUCACCGAAGAGAUUUGGCUGGACUGGCUGAAAGAUGAAAUUCGUCUAACAGAAGAUGAGUCGGACCGCGAGAAAGUAUACGAGCUAUCUGAGAGAGCUGUGAAAGAUUACGUUUGUCCAGAGAUCUGGCUUGAAUAUGUACAGUACUCUAUCGGGGGAAUGGGAGCCGAGGGAGGCAUUGAGCGAGUCCGGUCCAUCUUUGAGAGGGCGCUGACAGCAGUAGGCCUGCAUGUGACUAAAGGAACUUCAAUCUGGGAGGCAUACAGAGAGUUUGAAAUUGCUAUUCUCUCCACAGUACAGCCUCCUCCUGGCAGUGUUCCAUCACAGGAGCAACAGAAACUGUUGACCGCCCAGCUGCAGCGCAUACACACGCUUUUCAAACGGCAACUUGCUGUACCUCUGAUGGAUAUGGAGGGAACAUUUGCAGAGUACUCGGACUGGGCAGAUGAUGGUGUACCCGAGACGGUCACACACCAGUACAGACGUGCCCUGCAACAGAUGCAGAAAUGCAAACCUUACGAGGAGGCUUUGCUUGUCUCUGAACCUCCAAAGCUGGCAGAGUAUCAAGCCUACAUAGAUUUCGAGAUGAAGGAAGGCGAUCCAGCCCGAGUCCAGAUCAUUUUUGAGCGAGCGCUGGCAGAGAACUGCCUCGUGCCCGACCUGUGGAUCAAGUACACCGCGUAUCUGGAUCGUCAGUUAAAGAUUAAAGAUGUAGUUUUAUCUGCUCAUGAGCGAGCCGUCAGGAACUGCCCCUGGACCAUGGGCCUGUGGAAGAGCUAUCUUUUGGCUCUGGAGAGGCAUAGAGAAGAUCAUCAAACAGUGACAGAUGUGUUCGAAAAGGCCCUGAAUGCAGGAUUCAUACAGGCGACUGAUUAUGUCGACAUUUGGCAAUCAUAUCUGGAUUACCUGAGGAGACGUGUUGAUUUCAGCAAAGAGUGGAGCAGGGAGCUGGAUGAGCUGCGAGCGGCUUUCACACGCUCCCUUGACUACCUGAAACAAGAUGUCGAAGAGCGUUUCAGUGAAAGUGGAGAUCUGUCCUGCACAAUAAUGCAGAUCUGGGCGAGGAUAGAGGCCUUACACUGUAAGAACAUGCAAAAGGCCCGUGAGCUGUGGGACAGCAUCAUGACAAAAGGGAACGCUAAAUAUGCCAACAUGUGGCUAGAAUAUUAUAACCUGGAAAGGUCACACGGAGAUGCCACCCAUUGCAGAAAGGCUCUCCACAGAGCUGUACAGUGCACAUCAGACUACCCUGAACACGUGUGUGAAGUCCUGCUUAGCUUUGAAAGAGUGGAGGGUUCUUUAGAAGAUUGGGAUGGUGCAGUGCAGAAAACAGAGACAAAACUCAACAGGGUGAAUGAGCAGAGAGCAAGAGUGGCUGAGAAAGAGGCUUUUAUUGCUAGACAAGAGGAGGAGAAAGCCGAACACAAGAGGAAAGCCAAGGCAGAUAAAAAACCCCAGAAAAAGAGCCAGAAAGCAAACAGAAGCGGAGAUAAACGGAAAGCUGAAGAUGAAUACGAGGAAGAAUGGGGAGAGGAUGCAGAGCUCCCCUCAAAGAGGCACAAAGGGGACGGGGAUGCUGCGGAGGAGCUCAUGGAGACGGAGAGUGGGCUUUUCGGACGAAGACCUCUACCCCCACGUAAAAACGGGCCGCCCGGUUACCGUAAAAACCAGCAGGGUGCGACGGAAGCUCCACGCCAGACCCAGGACAUGUCACAGGAGCAGCGUAAAGAUGAAAACAGCAUCUUUGUCAGUAAUUUGCCUUUUAAUCUGGAGGAUCCUGAAAGCAAGCUGCGGGAGUUGUUUCGGACCUGUGGGACUAUUCAGCAGGUGCGGCCGGUGUUUACACCGAAAGGUGUUUUUAGAGGUUAUUGCUACGUGCAGUUCGAGGACCGUCUGGCUGUACCGGAGGCUUUGAAACUGGACAGACUGGAUGUGAACAGUCGUCCCAUGUUUGUAUCGCCUUGUGUCGACAAGAAUAAGAAUCCUGACUUUAAGGUCUUUAAGUUUAACACGUCAAUGGAGAAGCACAAGAUCUUUAUCUCUGGCCUGCCUUACACCUGCACUAAAGAACAGCUAGAACAGCUCUGUAAGGAACACGGCACAAUCAAAGCCAUCCGGCUAGUCACCAAUCGUUCAGGCAAACCCAAGGGUUUGGCAUACGUGGAAUAUGAGAAUGAGACACAGGCCUCGCAAGCUGUGCUGAAGCUGGACGGCACUAUGCUGGAGAACCUCAAGCUCUCGGUUGCUAUUAGCAACCCGCCGAGCAGGAAGAUAGAAGAUAAAGUAGUGCCCAGUCGAAUCCUGGGGGCAGCAAUGCCUAGGCAACUUCAGGGAGCAAGGGGGAAAGGACGCACUCAGAUCUCUCUGCUACCUCGUUCACUUCAUCGGCAGAGCACACCCGAUGCCAAAGCUGAGAACGGGACAGUAACAGAUGGGGUGCACGGAGGACCUGGAACCACUAACCUGGCCACACAAACGAAGACGCUGUCCAAUGAAGACUUUGCCAGAAUGCUUCUCAAAAAGUAAAACUGUACGCAGAAUCAAACGUAAAGAAUACCUGCCUUCUGACAGAAAAGCCAUGCUGUGUCCUUGCAGAGUCUGGUGAAGAAACAGCAUUUCGUUUUAGCCUACUUUCUGUAAAUACAAGACCACCCCUGAAAUAUAUUAAAAAUAUUUUAAGUCCUCAUCCAUGGAGAUGCAAGUUGUUUUAAUUUCUUGGUAAUAAAGAAAAGAUUUGGGUAAGUGGCCGAUGCAGAUUUUGUCAGCGAGUAUUUUUUUAACAAGCUGUUAAAAAUGAUUUUUUUGAAGGUAUACGCAAGAACAUUUAUUAUGAAGAUUUGUAUUUUAAAUGGGGUUUCAUAACCAUUUUUCUCUCUAGAUCCCUUUUAGGCAAAUAGAUGGCUUUUUCAUUAGGCAAAAUAAAUAUAAAAUAUAAAACUUUAUUUUACAUAUCUAAACUGCAUGUUGUAUAAAUAAGUUAUUUGCAGUACCACAACCAUCUGAAACAGUCUUGCAUGUGUACAUUUACAAAGAACUUCUGUAAUAACAAUGUCUUCAAAAUGAAGAUAAAAUGGAGUAAUAGAUAUUGUCAGCAAUUAAAAUCUGCACCUUGUGAACAAUACGUUUGUUUUAAGGGAUUCACUGUGUGUUAGACUACAGUGCUUUCAUUAGAUGCUGUUCAUUGUCAUCUAGUGGAGAUCAGUAUAGGUUCUAUAUGCAGAAGUUGUAGAAAUCUGUCAUGUAUUUUUAGGUAGUUUCUCUAAGUUCUCAAUCCCUUUUGAGUUUGAUGUUUAUUAAUAGCUGACACAGCUUGUAAACCUGCCUUACCUUGUGCACUCAGUAAUGGGCUGAAGGCGGACGCUUGUGCUCCAUAGCCAGACCGAUCGAAGGGGUUUGAUUGAGACCUGCUACAUUUUAUUCUUUACCUAAUCUAGAAUUUUAGUUUUUGUGUGCUAAGAUUGGGAGUCGAGGGACUGGCUGAAGGGCCCGGUUGCUGCUUUGGAACUGUUCUCUGAUGUUUAAGAAUCUAUGCAGCUGUAUAUCGCUAGAACCUUCCAUUAUUGGUUCACCGGAUCGUGAACCGGUCCUAUACUGUAUUGUAUAUACAACAUAUAUUGUAGAUCAUUUUAAGUGUCAUGGAUAUUAGUAUUGUUUACUAGUUUUGAUGGCUAUAAUGGACUUGUGUAUUUCAUUUACUGAUUAAAUGUCACAUCAGUAAUCUUUCAACUGCAGUGUUAUACAUAAGAGGUUUCCCUCUCACAUUGAUAUUUUGGUUGAGUGUGUGUUCCAUUUCCCUCUGCAUUGUUUUUUAUUGUGUUUCUUGUUCAUGCCCCUCAGUGGUUGGCCAUAGUUUUGUAAAAAAAAAAAAGUAUAUUUUGAACUAACAGUAGCUCUAUAUAAUUGCGUUUGAUCACCGCA